AUGCAGCCAACAUGGCGAGACAGGAAAACUAUGAGAGCAAAUGGGACGACGAACUCACUUUUAAAGCAGGCCAUAGUUAAUCGCUUAAAACCUUCACUGACUUCCGAAAACAACCAAGCCCCAAUCAAGCACUCAUUGACGGCUAAUUUGUCCAGCGUUUUGAUGAAAGGAAAUGAAAGAGAAGAUGUUACCAUAAGUACCGUAAAAGAAAUGGAUAAACUAGAGAAUAUGGAAGGUAAAAAGAGCGGUAUGAUACCUGCGUCUUUGAAAAACGAAGAUCAGGAAAACUUUUGUGCGAGGAAAAUGACCCAAAGUUCUAAAAUUGAGGAGAAGGAGAGGAAUUGUUCCGCCCAAUCCUCGUCGGGAUAUAUCAGUGAUGAAAUAAAGGCGACCGUCAGUUGUGGGGAAGAAAUUUGUUAUCAUGAGCCAUCUCCUCGCGAAGAAGUUAGCCAUUUGUUACUGUCCAGCAAUGAUUAUGAAAAAUACCUUAAAUUAUGCCGUGUGAAUGACCAUGCUGCCGUAGAGGCAAGCCAAUCGAUGUGUGAGGCAUUGGAUGCAAAAACAAAAGCCUUGUCUUUUAAUAGUAAGAGAAAAGCUAAAAUUGGAACGAAAGAAAAUUCUACAGUUAUAGAGCUAACGAAAUAUUCUGGUCACAAGGAGCCCAUCAGUGCUCAACCAAAUACGGAAGAAAUGCAAAGUCCUGCUAAUUCACCGCCACGACCAGUUGAAGAACAACCUAGUCUGCAAUCUUCCAAACAAAUCACGUUUACAGUGCCAGAGGUGCCCAUUGCUCUUGCAUUGUCAAAUGAUGAUGAGACCCAGGUAUCGCUCGGGAACAAAACGAUGCGCAGUGGUAGAAACAGACACGACUCCACACUGAAUGAAUCACUACGCAGUUCAUUUGGUUCUCAAAAAAGUGUCACAUUCAACGAUAAAGUGGAAAUGCACGAAAUCGAGAGAAAUAGGACAUCUUCAAGUGAAGAAGACAUCACGCUCAUGAGAGAGGGUGAGGCGAGCAAGUCCAGUUUUGAGACACACCAUCAUCGCAUGCACUUACUUCAGAGCCCAGAAAAUGAAGUACAGCAUGAAUAUUUAUAUGACAUCGACAAGGAAGACGAUAAUAUUUCAAGGAUAGCAUCAGCCCUAGAGCAACCCCUGCACUCCUAUUUGGCGCAAGAGCUGGAAAAGAGCGAUGACGAAGAAUCGGUUGAAGCACAUUCACCAUCUUUUUCACUAUUUCUCACUAAAGAACAGCCAAGAGGAGAAUUAUCUGCCGAACUACAACCGCUCUUUGACAGAGUCGAAAAUGAUAUUGGUUCAGUUCUUCUUAGAAAAAGAACAGCCGCUUCACACUCUAUUGGAGUGCAAACAACUGAGUUUUUCAACCCAAUUUCACAACAGGCCGUAGUUAGAACACCCAAUAAAAAUGAGAAUGAUAGUUUUGACACGUUUCCUCGCUCAGCAAGUGGCUAUUUUGAGGAAUCCUCUUAUCAAAAAGGAGUGCAAAAUAGUUCAUUAUAUAUUCCGAAAAAUACCAAUACGUUUACGGACGCUGUUUCAUUUGUUACGACGAGGAAAUCAAGAGUAAAUGAUGCUAUUCAAACCUCGAAUUACGGCGACUUUCUUAUAGACAUCGCUAAAAGGAGUGGACAACUCAGCAGAUCACAAUCGUUUGAAAAGUUAUUGCCACAGCACAUACAAACGCGAGCGACAUUCCUCACUUCACUACCUGAAACAGCAAGACGAGAUGAAAUCGAGAAUCAAAUGAAAAGUGAAUUCCUUGCCCGGUUCGGAGCGGGUCGACGAGCACCAGUUGCUGAAGACGAUCCUUGCGAUCCGAUUCACACUGUGGCAUCGCUCGACUCUGUCUUUUCCACCGACUCUCAAGAGUCUGUCGUUUCGGAGGUAUCUAUCCGAAAAGAGAGCGCUACCCAUAGACAUUUCAAUUACUGA